GUGUACUGCCCGCUGGAGGGGUCCCCCUGCCACCGCCUCGCCAACGUCUUCGCCUGUGCCGGGAGGGGCUGCUGGGGAGCACCCGGACUGGGUGCCCUCCGUGCGCCCCUGCUCUCCCCGAUGCGGGCUGUGCGGGACGGCGCUGGCGCACUUGGUGCAGGUGUACUGCCCGCUGGAGGGGUCCCCCUGCCACCGCCUCGCCAACGUCUUCGCCUGUGCCGGGAGGGGCUGCUGGGGAGCACCCCGGAGCUGGAAGGUGCUGCGCUCCCACUAUCUGCAGACACAGGAAAAGGAAACACAAGGUUACAGCAUAAAGCAGAAACAAGAAUCGAACUUUGCUGCAAAGGAUUGGUGUGAUGAAGCAGAUGACUGGGGACUCUGUGAUGGAGCAGAAUCUCUUGCAUCUGCCUCCCUUCAGCUGCUUGGCUUAAAUGAAACUGUGAGCAGCUCCUUGUCCAGAGAGAUGGAGUGUGCAUCCCAGUUCCAACAGCUUCACUUGUCUGAAGCUAUGAACACGUCGAGUUCCCUGAAUACUCAUCCUCCAGCCAGUGAGGGAAUGGUAAUGGCAACAGAUAAUUCAGCUCCUGUGUUCCAGCCCUUUUACAUUAGCGUUGUGGAUGAGGAAGACUGCAUUGGUUUCCUUGAUACAGAUCACGCGGAUAAGCUAUUGAAGGAGUAUCAGCAGAGAGAGGGUGUAGAUUUGGAACAGUUGAUGUCGGAAAGUUUUCCAGGUGAAGGUGAUAAUGAAAAAUAUGAGAAGAGUGAAGUCAAAAGCAGGGAUCGUACGUUUCAUAAAUUUAUGAAAAGAAUAUCUGUGUGCCAAGAACAGAUUCUAAGAUACUCUAGGGGUGGCCAGCCUUUAUUCAUAACGUGUCCUCCAGCGAACAUUGACCAAGGUAUUCCAGCCUGCAGUAACUGUGGAAGCAACAGAAUAUUUGAAUUUCAACUCAUGCCAGCGCUGGUCAGCAUGCUCCAGAGUGAUUCAGAUCUGUCAGUGGAAUUUGGGACUGCUAUAGUUUACACAUGUGAGAGAAGCUGUUGGUCAACAAAUCAUCAAACCCCGCUUGAAGAAUUUAUUUUUGUACAAGAAGACCCAGAUCAGAGAUUAUUUAAAUAAAUUGUAUUUCUCCGCAUAGAU